AUGGCAUUUCAACGACCACCUUCCAGGGUUCAAAUCUGCCUAGCAUCCAACCAACAACACUAUGGCAUUGGAGAUACGAUUCAAGGCGAGGUGCUUCUGACACCCCAAAAGCGGCUCUUACCCGAACAAUUAAGCAAAACAGAGGUAGAAAUCGACAGAAAUGGAAACAACAUUCCACUACCACCAUCCAUUGCCUCAAGCACAUUUCUUCACAUGAAACAGCCUACUGGAACUCAUUCAUCUGGCAUAUCAAAGGCUUUGGAAGCCGAAACGCAGUACCGAAUACCGUUCGAGUUCGUGGUUCCUGCCGAGCUGCCGCAUCAUAUUUGUCACCACCACCGGCACCAUGAGCAGGUUUACUGGGAACACACCCAGCUUCCGCCUAGUAUUGGUACUGCCGUUGAUUUUGGCAGAGGCGAAAUCGCAAUGCGCGAUGACAUGGCCCCUGCGAUCUUGUUCAUCACUUACGGAAUACGCGUUAGAAUCUAUUCCGACAAGACCCAACAAAAUGGAGGUCCAGCAGCAAUUGGAGAGUGGACGUACCCAGUACAUAUCAGACCGCAGCGGAAAGAGAAUCCACCAGUCUGGGUUCCUGACGGCAGCAAAUUCUACUGCAUGCGCCAGGACAGACAGAUUACCAAGGGUAUUCGUCGACGCCCAUAUACAGCCACUAGACAAGACCCGUUACCGGAAAUAUCUGGUCUGGAUCUCAGACUUAAGGCUGUCACGACAUAUGGAGCGGAAAUUUGGUCAGACUUUCCCGACUUGACGGAUCCAUCAUUGUGGAUCUCAAGCCAGGACUACUAUGCAGAUACAGUGCCUCUCCAUAGCUCUUCUGAUCAUCAGUUGAUAUGGCAAAAGUCAUCUGUUUGCGAGGAUCCUAUCUACCCCGCCAAUAUCAGCGUCGAUUUGACACAUACAACAGCUCUGGAGUUACCAAUAACACUUCCAGGGCAUCUGAAUCUUCCGCCAAGUUUCCACUCAUGUCUUGUCUCUCGGGUGUAUUCUUUAAAGCCGUCAUUACAUGUUCGCAUUGCGGGACAGUGGACGAACACGAAGAUUUCACUCACCGUUCCAAUUCAAAUAUGUUAA